AUGGCCACCCAGGUCGUCACCAGCGCUGAAGCCAACGCGCAAUCGAGUAUUGCAAUACACAAUGAGUAUGAUGCACCAAAGAAGCGGCCCGAACUGCCUCGUAAAGACACCAAAUUCUCAUCAGCCAGCACUCUCGUAUCAACAUCGCCAUACGCUGCGCCUGUCAGAAAGGAUAGCGACGGUGUCAUAGCUCGGGGGCGGUCAUCACCAAUCAAGUCUGCGACUCCGCUUCGAAGGUCGAGUUACGACCAGGAGUCAGACCCAGUAUAUAAGCCCAAACCGUACGAACAAGCUACGGCUACACCAUCCGCCGGCGACAUGCCUCACAAUGGGGUUUCCGGAAAGCAUAUCGAAUCUACUCCCAGCUCAGGUAUUCAUAGACGACAGGUGGGCGUACCUAAGCCUAGAUAUCCACCUAGCCAACAGGAGUUGGCAACAGCCCUGGCGUUGUGUGAGGAUGAAAAGAAAGAAAAAGACGAGGAGAUUGAAUCACUCAAAGCUCAGAAUGAAAGCCUCCGCCAGGAGUGGAGGGAGACAUCCGCACAUCUAGCUCAAACCAAAGCGACCAUUACUCAUACAAUCGAAGACCAGCACUUCGUCUCCGUAUGGUCUGAGCUACGGUAUCGGAUCAGAGGUUGGGCAAAUCAGCACUUCAGCGGAAAGCUGAGUUCAUUCGCCAAAUGGAAAAGCAAUCAAUUUGUGAGCGCCGAGCUGACUGGAUUGUCAAAGUAUUGGAAAUCCUACAUGAAGUCUGAGGAACACCGGCCAAUGCUGAUCCAAGCUUACAUAUGGACAAUCUUGCGUGUGGAUAUAUUUGCACCAACUAGCCAGGCUCCUGUCAAGGGCCAGGCAAGUCAGGGCGUGUGCUGGGCAGCCGAUGAUCAGAAAUCUUUGCAAGAACUGACCUCUCAGCUAAGACCAGGUAUCCGGAAUAUGAAGAACAUCCCAAAACUCAACCCCGUUCUGGAGGGUUAUGUCAAGGACUACUUCUCAUGGCGAGCCAAUACCACAGUCCUUGUAGAGCGCAAGCAAGGAGCCAACAAGGAAAAGUGCUUUGACAUGUUUAUCCCUUCGAUAGUCACGAAGAUCCGAGAAAUCGUGUCCCCGUGGGUCACAAAUGGCGAGUCGCAGGAUCAAAUUUUUGGAGACGAAUUGAAGGCAAUUCUCCGAAAAGCCAUCCAUCUUGACGCCGAUAUGUGGAAACAAAAGGCGUUCUGGCAUCCUAGCAUACCGCACGCCAAAGCAGGGUAUUCGAUCGAGCUGGAUCCCGAUUCAAUGGAUGUAUACGAAGAGAUCGAUCGGAACCGUACCUCCCACGAAGUUACGUUGAUGAUGUCGCCGGCUUUAGUAAAGUCUGGAAGCUCUUCCGGCGAAGGGUAUGAAUACUUCACCACUAUUAUGAAGAGCGAGGUAUCUUGCAGGCCAGACCGCACCGCCAUCGCGUCCACUGCCUCCAUCACCACGCCAAGAAACGCAAUCAACAACCGCUUUGACGAGAGCACCCAGUAA